AUGAAGAGAGGCUUGAAGGAGGACACCUCUGACAGUUUUGAAAUUGAUCACAACAUAAAUUGCUUGUCUUGUUUGACUUCCUUGUUCACCAAAGUUGAGCAGAUUGUGGCCGUUUUCAACGCCUCCACCAGACAAAAAGCUUGGGACCAUUUCUCGAAAGCUCAGCGGAAGAACAUAGACAUUUGGCGCAAACACUCUGAGGAACUCAGGAACGCUCACAGUGAACAGCUCAUGGGGAUCAGGCGGGAGGAAGAAAUGGAAAUGUCUGAUGAUGACAGCAGUGAAAACCCCAGUAACAAGAAGCUGAGAGUGGACGAUUCAG